CGUCCACUCCCCCCUGCGGCACUGCAUUACGCCCACAUGCAAUGCAUGGUUUAUUCCCACGCCGUCACUGCGGCCCUUACUGCACUCUCCACAGUCCACACCCAUACACAGGUUUAGAUCUCACCGGCGAUGAGAUUGUUGCGCGUGCGGACGUAUCAGCAGCGUUCACCGGCCGGUAAGGUUGACUGGUCGUCCGGCGGCAAUUCCGAGGAAGCCGAAUUCGUCCCCGUUUGGACCUCACCUCCCUUGCUGCCCGUAUUACAGCCUUCUUCUCCAACUCCGACCGCCUCGAUCUCCACCGCUGGACGACGUACCCUUGACACACAAACACAACACACCUGGCCACUGAGAGAAUGAGUUUGCAGUACUGGAACCAUCCGGCGGCGGUGCAGCAUAUUCUGCUCAAUGAACAAGCAGCAAUAGUCAACAACCUUACUGAAAAUAACAUGACAAGGAUGUGGGCUAGCAGAAGGAUAGCGGAGGGCGACCAGUUGUACGUAGUCCAGGGCAUUACGGGGAUCAGUCCCCCGUAUACGCUGCUCGUAAAGAAGUUCCACAAUGUGAACCCUGCGCUACAAGUAGACGACAAUGUCAAGUACCGCUGCAAGUCGGAGAUGUUCCUGUUAGCCAGCAUUUCUCAAAAAAACAUCAUCAAAGUCGUAGACCACAUCGAGAGGGAAGACGCCAUCAUGCUCGUUUACGAGUAUCCGGUUUAUGGAAGCCUUCAAUCCUGGCUGCACCAACCGAUGGAUGUGGAUGCCGGUCAGCACCUGAGCUGGCCGCACAGGAGGGGCAUCGCCAUUGGUGUAGCCAAAGGGCUCCGCCACUUGCACCACAGAUGCAGCAAACCCUUUGUCCACCACAACAUAAACUCUAAAAACAUCUUGCUUGAUGUGGAUUUCAAGGCCGUGAUAGCCAGCUUUGGCGUUGCACAGGUUAACAUGGCCGGGCUCGGCCAACCAUUGCCAAUCACGGACCUGCCUCCUGGUAACUUUGGGUACGUAGCUCCAGAAUACGGGAUGGCGGCAAACCAGCUGACGGAGAAGGUAGACGUUUACAGCUUUGGUGUGGUGCUGCUGGAGCUAGUCACGGGGCGAGUGGCCAAUGGAGGUGGAGCAGAUGGUCAUUUGGCGAAUUGGGCAUGGAAAAACUUCGAUAUACUCAUGGCAAACCAACAGGAAGCAUUCCAGAAUGUUGUGGACAGGGGCAUCCCAGAUCAAGCGCGGUACAUGGAGGAGAUGGCAACUGUGUUCAGGCUGGGCGUGGAUUGCACCACCGUGGAUCCCAAGCAAAGGCCGUCCAUGCGGAUGGCUAUCAAACAGCUCCGACGCUGCCGUGGGCGUGUCCCAUUCCGCGGCCUCCUCACCCGCUAUCUGCUCUGACGCUCGUUUUUUUCGGAAACAACAUCUCACACAUGCAUGUAUGGACCAUAUGAUGACUCGUUUGAAUUAAUUUGAUUGAUUAAAUAACGUGGACUGUUGUAAUACUACCUUUUUCUGAUAACAUUUAUUGCCCUAUUGUGUUCA